AUGACUGCUUUCCAUAUCCAUGCCAUCAUCAUUCACCGAAACCGUUUGAUCAUACAGGUUCUUGAUUAUCAUCAUAAUUAUGCCGUUCCCCAAGAGCCUCUUCCACUUGGUUCAAUUGGCUCUUCUUUUCGGUCGAGUCGCACUGUGGCUCCGGCGAACUGUAUCGUGGUAAGGCCCAGUGGUGCUAGUGCGUCAGAGUUCACCAGUCUACAAGCUGCCGUUAACUCUAUCGGCUCACCUACUAAACCUACCUGUAUCUUCCUCAACUCGGGAACUUACAAUGAGCGAGUCGAGGUGAAAGUCAAAGCACCCUUGACCCUCUAUGGGGUAACCGCCGAUACUGGAAGCUACAAGAAGAAUACUGUAGUUAUCAAGAAUACCAUCGGUUCGCAAGAUGCGGGCUCCUUAGACGCAAGCUCAACCGUAAAUCUCAGGUCCAACGACUUCGCCGCCUACAACAUUGACUUUGUCAACGGAUAUACAGCUGGACAGGCUGUUGCGUUGAUGGCAAAUGGCAAAAAAACCGGAUUUUACGGCUGCUCUUUCAAAUCAUACCAGGAUACUCUAUAUGUCAAAGCUGGCUGGAUGUACUACUUUAACUGCUACAUCGAGGGUGCGGUCGAUUACAUCUUUGGCAACGGCCAUGCAUGGAUCGGAGAAUGCAACCACCAUCGCUUCCAAUGGGCCGGGUUAUAUAACGGCAUCCUCUCGGACCGAACCAACCGAUACCUCACGUUACAUCAUCGAUCACAGCAUAAAGGCGCAACACCUGUCUUCCAAGAGUUCGGAAAAACCGGUGCUGGUGCCGAUACGUCCCAGAGAAAGUACUUCACCCCAUCGGAUAAGGCUCUGACGAAGCGGGAUCUUUGGGGAGCUGAUUUCAAGUGGUAUGAUACGAGCUACUAG